AUGCUGGACGAAAAAUCCCCGCUUCUUCCAGUGUCGAAGAAGCCGAGCAAGAAAAGCCAAAAGUACUACAGGUUCAGUACGAUUUUUCUCCAUUUCAUAUAUUCGUCCAUUUUUUCAAAACUGAAAGUUUCAGAGACCAAAAUGAGCUCCUGAGACUGUACGAAGAAGAUAAGGAGCACAUGAAAAUAUCCAGGAAACUGAGAAAUGAAAGGGAAUUGCAGACAGUGAGUUUUUUUUUUUUUCCAAAGAAAAAAUCAAAAUUGUUGAUUUUCAGACCAAAGGCGACAAUAUCUUAUCGAAAAUUGUAAUGGCCUUUAAUGUCUUCCUACUCUUUGCAAAAAUGGCUGCAACUGUCAUGACAGAAGGAUCUUCCUUGGCGGUUAUCAGUACUACGGUCGACAGUUUGGUUGAUAUUACAAGGUCGGUUACGUCCUAUUAAACUCGGAAAAAAUUGAAUUCAUGUGUUUCCAAUCAGAACUUGGUGUACGCACCAUGAAUGGCUUCACGAAAACUUUAUUUUCAGUCCCUAACACUUCGGUUUUUUCAUGACUCUUAGAGGCAGCCAAGCGCAAGCCGUUAGGCGGUCCGCUGCUUUGAAAUACCAUAAAGCGUGCGCAGAUUUCUUGUGAAAUUUUGUGAAAAAAUGAACCAAAAAACAAUUAAAACCGUUUACCUCCGUUUUUCAGGCUUUUUCAAAGUUUUCGGAUCUUCUAAGUCAAGACGUUUUGUUUUUUUGGGUUCCGAUUAGUUGAAAUAAAAUAAAAGACCAGAAAGCUAUUUCUACUAAAAACUUGAAAAAACUGAUUUUUUCAGCGGAAUCGCAGUGUGGUACGCAACCUACGCAAUAAUGCACACAGACACGAUAAAGUAUCCCCGCGGAAGGCCGAACCUCGAAGCUGUGAGCAUCAUUUUCGUUGGAGUCGUCAUGGGUAUGGCCAACACCUACAUCGUUUCUGAGUCUAUCAUGGCUGUAUUCAAUGAUAAAGUGAGUUUUUUUUUUCUCGUUCCAAAAAGCCAAACUAAUAAUCUUCAGCCGCCGCCGAAGAUAACGGUGUCCUCGCUAUCAAUUAUAUUAGCGACAAUUAUCAUCAAAGCUAUUCUUUGGGCCAUUUGUGUGCGAAAGGGAACUCCAAGCAGCAAGGUUUAUAUUUGUGGAAAGAUUUUUGAUGAGUGAAAAUGUUUCCUUUGGAAAGACGCAGAUCACAAAGCAAUAAUAUACUUUUAUUUAUUUUGCCUCAGGUUCUGUCAAUCGAUCAGAAGAAUGACGUUUUCACAAAUAUCGUCGCCAUAAUUGGAGCGGUUCUCGCGAAAGUUUGGACAAAAAAAGCUGAUCCGAUCACUGCGGCUUUGAUCUGGUAACUUUGAAAGUCAUUCAAGAAAAUUUUGAUCAAAAUUCGACCUCAAAACCGACCAUUUUUCUUGAUAAAGAAAGACUCAGAAGUACUCUUUCUUGUGGGACCAGAAUUUUAAAUAACUGAAGCUGCAAAGUCAAUGAGUUGAGCGCUCAGAAGCUUGAGAUAUUAUAAAAAAGUUCAACCAAGUCCCUUCGAAUCUCUACAUGAACUCCAUAUGUAGAGAUUGGAAGGGACUUGAUUGAACACAAAAUUGAGAUGAAAGAAUAAAACUUUUAAAUCAAAAAAAAAUUUUUAGCGGUUACAUUGCCGUGAGUUGGUUCAUCCUGGUCAUCAAACAACUGCCCCAGCUUGCCGGAAUCAAAUCGUCGGAUACCGAAUAUUCCCGUGUCGCCAAAAUUUUGAUCGAGCAUUCUGAUAAAAUCCGCUGCAUUGACACCCUUCUCAUGUACCACACUGGUCCCAAGGUGAACUUCGGAAUUUUCAAAGGAUACCAUACUAAUUUCACAAGAAUGAGGAACAAUAUGCGCCUAAGUUUUUUUUUCUCACCCUAAAAUCUGUAAACCGUAUUAAAUUGAAUAACGUCUCAAAUUAGUGAUGAAUGAACUUUUUUCUAACUCAAUAAAAUUCAGGUUCGAGUUGAAGCCCACGUCGUCCUGGACCCUGAAAUGAGAUCGAAAGAAGUUCACGACGACAUCGUUGAGCCUCUGAAGACGAAAAUCGAACGCCUGCCAUUCAUCGAUAGAGCUUUUAUUCAUGCUGACUACGAAUGUGACGGAUAUGAUUAA